CAGACGGCGCCGCGCUCCGAGGCAGGUGAGGAGCUGGGCUUGGGCCGAGCCGGGGUCCCUGUGCCCGCCCCCGUCCCCGCCGCCGCGAGGGUGCCCUCGAGGCCCCGGGGACUCGGGGUGUUGCUGCCGGCGUGUCGCGCCAGGGCGGAGUCCGGGGCCCGCGACUGAGAACUGGAUACUUGUCCAUGGGCUUCUGGUCAUGCUGUGAGGCGGGACGGCUUCUGGUGUCCUGUUCAGAAGGAUUCUGAGGUCAAACGCUUUUCAGACUCAGACUCACUAUGAUGUGGGAUUCCAGGGCAACGCGGUUUUGAAGAAACAAGCUUACAGGGAUGAGGCUCUUCCUGAAGGAUCUGUGUUUGUUGUUCAAAACAUAAUCAGAAAGGGCGGGGACACGAGAGCACCAGCGAUCAGGAGUGACGAGCAAUGUGAUACCUCCAGUGUCAACUGGUCUGGCCCCGGCCCAGCUGUGUGGCCUCAGUCCUCACCAACCCGAGACUCGGCCUUGAGGGACUGGGCCGUUUCGCUGAGCUCUCAACUCUUCACGUUCUGGUAGCGAACAAGGCAAGCAGUGGUUUAGAGAACAUGCGCCACGAAGAGAGCCAACCAGGGUGAUGGAGGGCUGUGGUGGGUGCCGCUCAGGGAGGGUGUCACCUGGAAAGGGAGGCAAGGGCUCACGGCCACAGGCCCCAACAGGCUGAGCCCUGGAGAGUGUGCGGCCAGGCCCCUGGGGGCUGCACGGGGACAGGCCGGAGGGACCAGGCAGCGGGCCCACCAGGGUUCUGGGGGACGGUCCCGGCGAGGGUGGGAGCCGUGCAUCCCACUUUGACCUGGAGUUGUUACUGCCAGAACAUGCUGGAAGGCGGAUGCAAGUGUGGGAGAGGGAAGGCGGGGCUGGCUGGGCUCCCGCCCGCCCUAGGCCCCCCGCUCCAUCUCUCCAUCCUCCCAGGCACGCCCUCCCGCAGCAGCAGUGGGCCUGCCGCCUCCUCGGCCCCUGCACCUCCGAGUCCAGGCUCUCCUCAUUCACAGCUUGACUUGCAUACCUGGGCAGCCGCCGCUUAAGCCUCACCACUCCGAUCUGCCCUUCCUCUGCUGUCAGUCACUACAACGAGAGCUCCCAUCCCGUCUCUGUCCUGCUGAAGGCUGGCGGCUGAGACCGAGGCGGCAGAGAGGAAGGGUCGGCCCGAGUGGGCAGCUGUGAUGGCCUGUGGGCACCACCCAUCCUCCCUGGACGCCCUGAGGAGGUGGGGCGAGGCCCAGACCCCCAGACCAGCCCGUGUUUGCUGGGAAGAAAGUCGAGUCCUGUGAGUUAAGUGUGACUUCUCCAAGGGCCACUUGGCCAUGUGACUGGCGGCAGAGCCCGCUUGGCACACCGGGGCCAUGUCCCUCGGUGUCUGAAGGGCUGGGGGCAAGCGGGGCAGCUAGAUGCCAGGCUUGGAAGAGGGGCCCAUACAUUUAACUUUUCGUUUCCAUUUUUGUUUGAGUCACUUUUACACAAAUCACUUUGGUCGGUUAUGUAAUAAUCUGUGGCCCAGACCCAGGAAGGGGGGAAAAUAUUUACCUUCUCUCUCACUGGAGACAUGGUCGGUCACUGGGCUGAGUCACAGGGAGGCAGUGUCACCCUCUAGGACCUUGAAGAAGGAAGGAACACAGAAAGGUGCAGCUAACGUUUUGCUGCGUCUUGCCAGGGCCAGAAUGUAAAUUUAGUGCUGAAACCGGAAUUCUCUUUGGUAGCCGAUGACAGGGCUUGCCGCCACGACGGGCUGCCUCAUCUGACACGAGUCGCUCUUCCUGGAACCCUGCCUGGGAAGGGUGUCGUCUGGUCGGGAGUGGAGGCCCGGGGCGAGGCCACCCGUUUCCCCGCCGCGUGGGACCUGUGCGUCCGUCCUCGCUCGCUCGCAGCUCCCGGCUGCAUGGCCCACGUGUUCGUGUACGGGACCCUGAAGACGGGCCAGCCCAACCACCGGGUCCUGCUGGAGAGCGCCCACGGUCGCGCGGCCUUCCGGGGCUGGGGUCGCACGGUCGAGCCGUACCCGCUGGUGAUCGCGGGGCAGCGCAACAUCCCGUGGCUGCUGAACCUGCCGGGCCAGGGGCGCCGAGUGGCUGGGGAGGUCUACGCCGUGGACGAGCAGAUGCUGCGCUUUCUGGACGAGUUCGAAGGCUGCCCGGACAUGUACCAGCGCACCCGGGUGACAGUCGCUGUUGAGGGGGCGGGCGGGACCCUACAGUGCUUCGUGUACAGCACGGCCACCUACCCGCCCGAGUGGGUCCACCUCCCGUACCACGACGAUUACGACUCACAGGGGGAGCACGGGCUUCGCUAUAGUCCGCGGGAAAGCAGAUGAGAAGUGCGAGGGGAACGGCCGCCCGAGGACCGAGAGCCUGGUGGUUGGAAGAUGGCCUCACUGGUCCGCACUCACUGAAUGCAAAAGCCCGAGAACACCCUUUGAAACAAACAUUUAUAAAUCUCUAUGGGGGGUGGGGGGGUGGGGCAGCCGAUUUCCCAAAUAAUUUUGACAUGACUAAUAACAAGAUUGUUUCCUGAAAUCUGUCUUGCUGAUGCUGCUUUAUUGCUUGCUGCUUAAAGAGCAUCAUGGGCUUGAACGUACUGGAUGAGAAAAACUCAGAAUUUUAAUUCCCCUAAAUGACAUUUUGAAAACUCAUGUCAUGCUUUUAUUAUGUUGGUGUUUUUUGUUUUUUCCUUUGCUUUGCUUUAGUUUGAAGAUAACAUUUAAAAUGAAUAUAAAGACUUUGUGUGGCAGCUAGAUUUUAACAGCCCUGCUCUAUCAGUUCUGUCUGACCUGUAGCACUGAGAAAUUUUUUUAAAGUUGAUUUUAGACGUCUCAAUGUAAUAAAAGAACCUCAAGAAAAACA